AUGAACUCCAGGUCCAACAGAGCCACUCUACCUACGAUCAAGGAAUCUCACCUUGAAGCGCCACCAAUGCAAGUCAAGAGACCCCGUGGACCAUUUCGUCCAGACACUAACAACAAGUACAGCAUUAACAACAAGACCACCUCUCCUCCAGCACCACAAUCUUCCCCAAUCCCCACCUCUGCCAACAGCACCAAGAAGAAGAAGAAGAAGAAGAAGCAACAAUCCAAGGAACAACAACUAGCACCGCAACAGCCUGUCACCUCUCCAACCGCCAUUCCUAGUACCCAACAAUCCAAACAAGAUCAGGCAAGUCUACAGGCAAGCCGACAGGCACAAUAUUUAACGUUGCAGCAGCCGAUGUCUCCCUUUGAAUACAGCACCCACAACAAGCAGCCCCUUAGAUGUGUUCGGAUUCGCUUUUCCUGGAAGCAAAGGUCCCCGUCAUCCUGGCUCCGUGAACCACACCUUAGCCUAGAGUCAAGAAUACGCCUUGCACGUGACAGUGCUCAGUCCAUCAUUGCCAGAGCCUACCGCCGAUACCAUGCCCACCGAGCCAACCUUAAUGCCUGCCUAGCGAGACGACAACACCUGGAAGCACUAGCCAAAGAAUACCAUAGACAAGAACUCCUUGCGGAGCAGCACCGGGCCCAAUCCAUCAUUGCCAGGAACUACAAGAAGUACAAAGCAUGCAAACAAGCGAUGCAAUUCAUGUUUCCACCCUGGCGUGAGCUCCUCAAUCCACACACAGGCCGCAUAUACUACAGCAGAGCGUCCAAUGACCUCAUGUAUGGUUGGAGAGAGAUCUAUGAUCCAUACACUCGACAAAUAGUAUAUGACCAUGUUCAUGGCAUGACAACACUAUGGAGAAAAAUAAUUAUCACAACAACUGAUCUGGACAUGGCUGCUGCCAUGAGAGCCGAGCUACUCACCAGUCCACCGACUCUGCGCCCAACAGCCCAAUUUGCAACCACCAUGAUAGGGUUACUAUACUUUCGACCUGCACUGCGCUCCAACAAGCCCUCCCAUGCUCCGGCUCCAGUAGCCACCAUUGAAUCCCACGAUGAACCACCAGUUCACUUAGUCCCGAGAACCUCUCCACUGCACUCCAACAGCGCCCAGCGCAUCAUUGCCCAGGCAUACCACCAGCACAAAGCACGACAAGCGCACGCAGCCCAGUUUGCACUCACCAUGGCAGAACUCCUACACUGCCCACCUACACCACGUCCCAGUCAGCCACUCAUUUCUGCUGUCCCCCCUAAGGCCCUCCCAAUCUUGGAUGUACCUGACACAUGGGAAGAAUUGACAACCAGUGAUGACGACAGUAGCAUUUCUCCAAACACUGACACAAUCAUCGAUCAUGAUGAUGACAUCCAAUGCACUUCCACACCUGAUCCAACUCAUGUUCACCUAGCACCUACAACCAGCACAUUACCUGACACCCCAAUCUGUCCUCCAUCUCCAGGUGUCAAUUCCACCAGCUCCAGCUCCCAGUCUAGCCCCCCUGCUCCUCCAGGGCCACCUCCUACUUUAGCCUCCCUUUCUCCAACAUAUAUUCAACCUCCCUUCUCUCCUCCAUCUGUGGCCCACCUGCACCGCGCCUGCCCUCCGCCACCCCCAACGUGUCCUUCAAGUCCCUUGUAUCCAGAUGUUCUGACACUGGCAAUGGCCGAGAUCGACCGCCUUAAGGCAACCAUUGAGACUCAGUCCCAGCACCUGAACUGGUCCAGCAGCACCAACAUCACCAACAGCGCCGCCAAUAUCAGUCCCAACUUGUCACCCAGCAUCUUGAGUUCCUACAACAUCACAGCAAGCUCCAUGUGA